UUUGUAUAGUUACAGUAAGUGUAAAUUAUCUUUUAAAGAGUAGGUAUUGAUAUAUAAAAUAAUAUAAGCAUGUUGUUUUGAUCAUGCAUCAUUUCAUACUGUUAGAUUUUAAACUCUUAUAUGAAAAAAAUACAAGAAAUACAGAAGCUUUACAUACCAAAAAAAGAAAAACAAAUGUCCAUAAAGAGUUAAAGUCGUCGUUAAGCUCUCUGUCAGUUCUGACAGUUCGGAAAACUUUUGUUUCUUCUCUAGUAUGUAAAUUGACCCUCCGAUUCAGCGAGCCUAUUGGCUACGAGUCCGAGUCAAUUUCGUAUUUCAAACCUGACGUCAGGGCGGCUAUAAAACUCAGCAUUGCUUUUAUACUCCUAUGCUCGGUGAUCCUUUAAAAACUCUAGAACAAGCCCGGAGUACUUUUUUUCCCCCAGCCAAGCAUCCAAUUGCCAAUCACAUACAUGUUACGGUCUUCGUUUCAACGAAACUAUUGAAAAAAGAAAAAAAAACAAAAAACCCGAAGCCAUGCAGUGUUAAAUGUUCGCGACUCAAACGCGUCGACACUCGCGUACAAAGAGAGGGGAACUGGAGACGCGCGCGCUCCUGCGUCUGUGCGCGAGAGGCGAAAACGCGUCAAUUUAAAAAAUAAACCGGCGCUCGCGAAGCCUUUUCUUUGCUUUUGAAGAAUUAAAUAAAGAAAUCAAGCUGGCUCACGCUGUCUCGAACCCGACCACUUUGACAGCUGCUCUUCACCCCCUUUGGAGGACUGUCAACAGCAAAAGGAUGGCAUCAGAACUGGCAAUGAGCAGCUCCGACCUGCCCACCAGUCCCCUGGCCAUGGAAUAUGUUAAUGACUUCGAUCUGAUGAAGUUUGAAGUGAAAAAGGAGCCGGUGGAGCCCGAUCGCAGCAUCAGCCAGUGCAGCCGCCUGAUCGCCGGGGGAUCCCUGUCUUCCACCCCGAUGAGCACGCCUUGCAGCUCGGUUCCCCCUUCCCCAAGCUUCUCGGCGCCCAGUCCGGGCUCCGGGAGCGAGCAGAAGGCGCACCUGGAGGAUUUUUACUGGAUGACCGGUUACCAACAGCAGCUCAACCCGGAGGCUUUGGGCUUCAGCCCCGAGGACGCAGUGGAGGCGCUGAUCAACAGCAGUCACCAGCUCCAGAGCUUCGACGGCUAUGCUAGAGGGCAGCAGUUUACCAGCGCAGCCGGCCCGGGAGGCGCCAUGGCCGGCGAGGAGAUGGGAUCCGCCGCCGCGGUGGUCUCCGCGGUCAUCGCCGCAGCAGCAGCCCAGAACGGGGCACCGCACCACCACCACCAUCACCACCACCACCCGGCCGGCCACCAUCCGACGCCCGGGGUGCAGUCCAACGGCAACUCCGUCGGCCACCAGCACAUGCACCUGGACGAUCGCUUCUCGGACGAGCAGCUGGUGACCAUGUCCGUGCGCGAGCUCAACCGCCAGCUCCGGGGGGUCAGCAAAGAGGAGGUCAUCCGACUCAAACAGAAGAGGAGAACCCUCAAAAACAGAGGCUAUGCGCAGUCGUGUCGCUACAAGAGGGUCCAGCAGAGGCACGUCCUGGAGGGCGAGAAGACCCAGCUCAUGCAGCAGGUGGACCACCUCAAGCAGGAGAUCUCCAGACUGGUGCGCGAGAGAGACGCGUACAAAGAAAAAUACGAGAAGCUCAUCAGCAGCGGCUUCCGAGAAAACGGAUCCAGCAGCGACAACAACCCGUCGUCCCCGGAGUUUUUCAUGUGAGUUUAUCGGCACUUAAUAGAGCAGCGAUGUGCAAAAGUUUCGCACGCGCUUUAUUCUCGCUGUGUUGGAUUGGGCGCGCGCGGGGCAGUAGCCUAACUUUUUUUUUAUUACUCGUAUUAUUUUUUCGCAAAAUUUAGAUAACGGAGUGCAUUGUAAAUUUAAUCGGAUAACAAUGAAGAAAUCAAGCUUUAGAGUUUAGCUUUUGGACAAUAGGACAUUUUCCAUUUUUUGUUGUUUUUCUGUUGAAACUGUAAUAUGUGAACGUGCUUUCAUUUGAUAUUUCCCAUGUUGUCCUAUGCCUCGUCUUGCGUAACUUUUAAGUUCACAUUUUUGUAAAGUUCAAGUGACACAUGCUGGUUACAUGAGCACACACUGGCUGAAUGAGUGUUUGACUGACAUUGUGUUCAUUAGAAACUACAUCACAUUCUGUGUUGUUGUGAAGAACUCAUUCAAUAUUGUAUUUAUUUGUGUAUGAUAUCGACCCCACAUGCUGGUCAUGUUGGCUGACGAUGUUUUACCUUUUUUUUUGUUGUUGUUUCUUUUACCUGAACGAACUGAACUGAAAUGCUCCGACAUUACAUUCAUUUUCUCAUUGUCUGGUUUCGUCCACUUUUUUGGGACUAUGAGCAAAAAAGUGUGAGACAUCUUUUCAUAUCCUACAUGAAACAUUGCCUUUCAUUUUUGUACAACACCUUCAGCGAUGAAACGUGUGUUUUUGGCAAGAAGAAUGAUUCUGUGUAUGAUUAUCCUGUUUCGGAUGAAGAGACAUUUCAUAAACCCCACUGAAACAACUGUAACUUACACUUAAGACUGAUUAAUUUGACAAAUAUGUCACUCCACAUAAAUAUGUGACAUAAAUGAGCGAUUUCAAACUGUUCAAUGGACUAAAGUGUUUAUAAUUAUUCUCAUUAAAGAGAGGAAUCUUGUAUCAAUGAAGAA